GGCCCCGGAGUGCGGCAGGCCCGGCAGGGACGCAGCUGGCGCCGCUGCGGCCGCGGGGGGCGGGGAGGCGGCCGUGAGGAGGCGGAGCUGCGAGGCCGCCCGUCGCCGGGCCGCCGCCGCGGUGCCCGCUCCUCCCCGCGCCGUGCCGCGCCGCGCCCCGCCCGGCCGCCUCGCCUCCUCCGCGGCGGGCCCCCCUCGCAGCUGCGCGGCCGCCGACACCCAGGCAGGCGCGAGCCAUGGAGGGCAACCGCGACGAGGCGGAGAAAUGCGUGCAGAUCGCUCGCGAGGCCCUGAGCGCCGGCAACCGCGACAAGGCCCAGCGCUUCCUGCAGAAGGCCGAGAAGCUGUACCCGCUGCCGGCCGCGCGCGCAUUACUGGAAAUCAUUAUGAAAAAUGGAAGCACUGCCGGAAACAGCACACAUUGCCGAAAACCUCCAGGGAGUGGCGACCAGAGCAAGCCCACCUGCGCCAAGGACAGCGCACCCGGCAGUGGCGAAGGCGGAAAAGUCUAUACCAAAGACCAAGUAGACGGAGUUCUCAGCAUAAACAAGUGUAAAAAUUACUAUGAAGUUCUUGGAGUUACGAAAGAUGCUGGUGAUGAAGAUUUGAAAAAAGCUUAUAGGAAGCUUGCUUUGAAGUUUCAUCCAGACAAAAAUCACGCCCCUGGAGCCACGGAUGCUUUCAAAAAGAUUGGGAAUGCUUAUGCGGUUUUAAGCAAUCCAGAGAAACGAAAACAGUAUGACCUCACAGGCAGUGAAGAGCAAGCUUGUAAUCAUCAAAACAACGGCAGGUUCAACUUCCACCGAGGCUGUGAAGCUGACAUAACACCAGAGGACCUGUUCAACAUCUUCUUUGGUGGUGGAUUCCCUUCAGGUAGUGUACACUCAUUUUCAAAUGGCCGGGCUGCUUACAGCCAUCAACAUCAGCACCGACACAGUGGACAUGAAAGAGAAGAAGAAAGAGCAGAUGGAGGCUUUUCUGUGUUUAUCCAGCUGAUGCCCAUUAUUGUACUGAUCCUCGUGUCCUUGUUAAGCCAGUUGAUGGUCUCGAACCCACCUUACUCCUUAUAUCCCAGAUCUGGAUCAGGACAAACUAUUAAAAUGCAGACAGAAAACUUGGGCGUUGUUUAUUACGUCAGUAAGGACUUUAAAAGCGAGUAUAAAGGAACACUGUUACAGAAGGUGGAAAAGAGUGUGGAAGAGGAUUAUGUGACUAAUAUUCGAAAUAACUGCUGGAAAGAAAGACAGCAGAAAACAGAUAUGCAGUAUGCGGCGAAGGUGUACCGUGAUGAACGGCUGCGGAGGAAGGCGGAUGCUCUGAGCAUGGACAACUGUAAAGAGCUGGAGCGGCUGACCAGUCUCUACAAGGGGGGAUAAGCUGGGAGUCCUACCCACGCCUUUCCAUGUACUCUGUCUUUUCUGUAAAUUUCAUUUCGCCAUGAAGCCGAAGAAGAUUUGAUUAAAGACUAAGCUGAGUAGUUGAUUUCUGAAAUCUUGGACUGUUAAUGAUCUACUGGCUCAUUUCAACAGUAAGAACUGAAAACUAAAUAUUUUAGUAUGCUUCUGCAAUUACUUUCCCUUUAAAAUCUUACAUGAUUCCUUAUGAUGUCUGGAGAGGAUUGUCACACCUGUAGCAAUUGCCAGUUUUAGUGAUUCUCCAUUAUUCCUUUGCCCUGUAAAUAUUUUUAGAAUGAUUUUGUGUAUAUAGGAGCGCUUGCCUUUUAUUUAAAUUAUUUUAGCAUUUAGUUCCAUGAGACAUUUCGUUUAGGGUGAUGGAAUAAAUGUCUAUGACACAGUCACACUUCCCAUUAGGUGACUGGGUGUGUGGAGUUUAAACAAUGAAUUUUUUUUUUUCAAAAAGGAAAAACAAAACUUUAUGUAAAAUCUGAUAUCAAUGUAGAAGGAAUUGGCAUUUUUAAUAAUGUUCUUAUAUUCCAGAGUCUGUAAUGAGAUAAAUGAACUGGUGUAUACUAUCAGUGUGCUCUUUAGUCUUAUGAAAUGCUAAGCCAUACAUAGGAACAAAAUGCUGUAAGAUAGAUUUUAAAGAAAAUAUGACGAUAAAUAUUAUGCUAAAUGAGUUUUCAAUGGUAAGUUGCAAUUUUUCCAUUUACAAUUCCGGUAAUUAAAAGUUAGCCGCAAAUGUU